AUGAAGCAGCGUAAGACCACCAGCACAAGCCUUCAGCAGCCGGUGCGAUUGGAUACCUUCACCUUGCUGUUACUGCGUCUGGGCCAGCUGUUCGGCCAGUGUGCUGUGCCAUUGCGACGACGGUCUGACCUCGCCACGGUCAACCAACGCCCACAGCCCGACAGCGUGUGCCAGCAGCGAUUCCUGUUGCUGUGGCAUUGUUUGCAUUUGAUAAUAUUUUUCUGGGUGCACUUUUGGACAAGCGUCAAUCACGAUUCGAUACUCUACAACAGUGAUAGUUUCGGUAAAUUUAAUGAUUUGCUCAAAUUGAUUGGCACAAUCAUAUCGCAUUUCGUAAUACUCACCGAAACGAUAUUGUGUCGCCGCCAAAUGCAACAGUUCCUCUUGGUCUACACACAACUCCAUUACAAAUGGCACGGUUCUGUUGGCGGCCGUGCCGAAUUCGGUCUUUACCGUACUUUCUUUUGUCGAAGUAGUCUUUUCAUUCUGACUGUGAUUAUAGUUGACGUGGCUUACAUACAAGAGAUCGGUAGAAAUCGUAUGUGGAUAACAUUUUUCGUACCCUUCAUACCGAGUGGACUGAUUUGUAGUCUUCGUACUGUGCAAAUCACAUUCUUUAUGGAAAUGUUGCGCAUCGAGGUGGAACACUUGAAUAGGAAUGUUGAACGUUUGGUCUUAUUUAGCGAACGCAGCUGUCGCGUUAAGUUUCAAAAGCGCGACGAAUUCGUACGAAAAAUAUGUGCUGAGCUGCAGGCCUUCAUGGAAUGCUAUCAGGAUAUAUACGAUAUGUCUACACUCUUGAAAAAAUCUGUGGGUAGGUCCAUGACAUGUAACUAUAUUAAGGAUUAUGUUAUGAUCUUAUCCGAAUGCUACUGGUCCUAUUGGAUGAUUUACAAUGGAGAGAAUAUUACUGGUAAGUCUUUAUGUCUUGGCAUAAAUGGAUCAUUAAUUAUAAAUUAG